CGGGCCCCGGUCACGUGAUGUUUGGCUGCCGCGGAGCUGCUUCCGGGUCAAUGCAGGACGCGGCCGCCGGGCUUGGAACUCCAAGAAGGGAGCAUGGACCAGCCCAGUGGAAGGAGUUUCAUGCAAGUUCUUUGUGAGAAAUACAGCCCCGAGAACUUCCCGUAUCGUCGUGGACCUGGUAUGGGGGUGCAUGUCCCAGCAACUCCACAGGGUUCACCUAUGAAAGAUCGCCUCAACCUUCCGAGUGUGCUAGUACUGAACAGCUGUGGCAUAACCUGUGCAGGGGAUGAGAAUGAAAUCGCUGCCUUCUGUGCUCAUGUGUCUGAGCUAGAUCUUUCUGACAAUAAACUGGAAGACUGGCAUGAGGUCAGUAAAAUUGUGUCCAACGUUCCCCACUUGGAGUUUCUAAACUUGAGUUCCAACCCUCUAAGUUUGUCCGUUUUAGAGAGAAGGUGUGCUGGGUCUUUCGCUGGUGUUCGCAAACUUGUGCUCAACAACAGCAAAGCUUCCUGGGAAACAGUCCACACAAUCCUGCAGGAAUUACCAGACUUGGAGGAGCUCUUCCUGUGCCUUAACGACUAUGAAACAGUGUCUUGUUCUCCGGUUUGCUGUCAGUCUCUCAAAUUACUCCACAUAACUGACAAUAAUCUUCAAGACUGGACUGAAAUUCGAAAAUUGGGAAUUAUGUUUCCAUCACUGGACACACUUAUUCUGGCUAACAACAACCUCACGACCAUUGAAGAGUCGGAAGAUUCCCUAGCAAGGCUGUUCCCCAACCUGCGAUCCAUCAACUUGCACAAGUCAGGUCUGCAUUGCUGGGAGGACAUUGACAAGUUAAAUUCUUUUCCCAAGCUCGAGGAAGUAAAAUUGCUAGGAAUCCCUUUGCUGCAGUCCUACACCACUGAGGAGCGCAGGAAGCUGCUAAUAGCCAGGUUGCCAUCUAUUGUCAAGCUCAAUGGAAGCAUCGUUGCCGAUGGGGAGCGAGAGGACUCGGAGCGAUUCUUCAUCCGAUAUUACAUGGAGUUCCCAGAGGAGGAAGUCCCAUUCAGGUAUCACGAGCUGGUCACAAAGUACGGGAAGCUGGAGCCCUUGGCAGUCGUGGAUCUUCGGCCACAGAGCAGCGUGAAGGUGGAGGUUCACUUCCAGGAUAAGGUGGAAGAGAUGUCGAUCCGUCUUGAUCAGACUGUGGCAGAAUUGAAGAAGCACUUAAAAACUGUGGUGCAGUUGUCAACAAGCAACAUGCUGCUCUUCUACUUGGACCAGGAAGCUCCUUUUGGUCCCGAGGAGAUGAAAUACAGCUCGCGAGCACUGCAUUCUUAUGGCAUUCGGGAUGGAGAUAAAAUUUAUGUGGAACCUAGAAUGAAAUAGCCUCUUUUGACCUUGUGAGUGCACACACGUGCACACACAUGCCCCCACACACCCACACACAUGCAUUAAGGAAUUUUUGCAAGGUUUUUAUUUCAGUUGGUUGGUUGAGGUUUGGUUGCGUUUCUGUAGCAGGUAAUUUCUUAGCCCGGAUGAAGUGCCCUGAUCUGAGAACCAUGCCCACCAUCCACUGCAGGUGACCUUGAGAUGACAACUGACUGCAGUGCAUGUGUUUCAGUGUGUGCAAUACCUUGAUGUUUUCUUCGAUGCUCCGGUAUACUCGUGAUUUGGCGCGAAUGGUCAGUUGUUCAAGCUAAAAAAUGCUAGGGUCCAUAAGGGACAAGAUAGCUCGGUGCAGAAUUUGAUCUGGUUUUUUCUUUUUCUAAAUUUUUGGGGUUUUGGCUCCACCAGAGCACCCUUUGGCCUAGCUAUCUGACUGUGGCUCGAGCUUGCCGAAGUAUUUUUUGCAGCUGGGUGCUGUCUCAACCUUCUGUUGCGUUUGAGUUCACUGAAAAGAUCUAAAACAGUAUUCUGCUUGAUUCAGAGCUCAGGUACUUAGUGCAUCCACUUAACUCUACUGGUUUGGUUGGUAUGAGUGCACAAAAUGGGGGAAAGAAAGAGACCUUAUUAGAAAGAAACAAUUUAUUUUCAAAACGCACGCUCUAUAUCCAUGCUGUCCUAUUCUGAUUUUGGGGGAAAAAAAAGUUUUGAUUUCUGUACCAGUCUCACACAGUGUCUACAACGCAUAGCACUGGCAGUCCGGAGGCACAGGGACCCUUGCCGUGUGCGUUGCAAAGUGAAUUUUGGAAGGCGGUGGAUGGGUGUUGCGUUGGAAGGGCUUUUAGAGUAACAGGUCAAAAAGGGGUUGAAGAGCAGAUUCCCCCCCGCUGGCCAUGACUCAUCCCUGCGAUGCUGAAGGGAUCCUCCAGUAUGCACUUAACUUCAUACCAGUUUGUACUGAAAGUGGAAUGGCUAAAAUUCCUCUCCUGAGAGAGAGUAAGAGUAAAGUUGAAGUUUGUGUUUGUUGCUGUUGCACCAGAAAUGAAACCUAGCACUUUCCCUGGGGGCCCCUGGCUCUGGGGUCCCUGCUUAGGGUCCAAACUAGGAGAAUGUGUUGGCUCAGAUCAGUUUCUAGAAGAUGAGUAACAAAGCAACUAGACUCACAUUUAUUGGAAAGCAGGUUUUUACUAUCUAUAUUGGCUUGCCCCCACACGCACCUCAUAGUCAUCACGUGCUGCUGCUUAAAUUAGCCCCCGUUUUCUACUGCAGAGCAGAUUCCCUUUCUUGUGCAAUGAAAUCCUCCUUCCUUUGUAUCCCUUGUUUUGCUUUCCUGUGUCCUCCCCUUGUUCCUCUGUUCCCCUGACAAGUUGAAGACUUUUCAAAUUACCUAGGUACAAACAGCUGCAUAAAAGUUUUUGAAGCUGUGCAGUGAGGUCUCUAGUUACAUGUGAACUUCUGACCUUAAUUUUGAAAUGCUCCCUUAUCCCCAUAUGCACUUUCUUUCCCAUGAUGCUUUUGUCCACAUCACCAAGCUCCUUUUAUAUUCUUGGAGUUGUAUAUUUCUCGUCAUAUUUUACCUAGAUUGAGGGGUGGGGUAGGAUGGGGAGGGGACAAAGUAUUAUCUCAUAGUCUUCAGGUUCAGGAUGUGGGGACCAUUCGGAGGGGAGUAGUUCCGCAUCCAGAGUAAUGAUUAAAAAUGGAAGGAUUUAAGACAAGUUAAUAAUUUGUGCCUCAUCCCCCUGCCAAAAAUGUCAAUCUCCUGGCCCCGUUGAGAAUGAGCAAUAGGAAAUGGAGCAAGAUUUGCAGUAGGUAGCGUAGAGGCCGCGGCACAUAGAUGCGGGGCCGUGGUACCUGUAAAACAAAAGAGCGGGGAGAUGGCGGCAGUGUAGCAUAAGAUGAUGCUUUUAUAAGCUAGAGCUUUACUGAAGAUGUAUUUUCCAUUUGGGCAGAGAAAGGCAUUUGCUGCCUUAUAGCAGAACUCUCAAGCCAACACUUCUGUAUGAUAUAUACAUACAUAUGCAUAGGAAAAGUUGUGUUUAAUAAGAUAUUUUGUUAUAAAACAAAGUUUUAUGAAGAUAUGGUUGUUUAAUAUUAGAAGCCUAUUUCUCCCCAUGACCUCCAGUUUAAGUAGGUUAUCCCUCAGUCGCGGCAGUGUCAGAGGUAAGCGACCGACGGGGAUGCAAAAGUAUCUCUGACGUAAUUCUAUAGAGAAGUAAUUGCCUAUGUGGGUAUAUUUAUGGCAUUGUAACUGGUAUUAAUGAGAUGCUGUAACUGUUGACCAACUUCCUCAGCACAAUUAAAUGUCUCUGUUUCAGAGAAGGAAAUAAACAAAGACCAUUAAAGAGUUGAAUGGGAUGUUAAAGAAGACCCAAAUAUGUGCUUUUACAUUUGUUCACCCACAAAAGGUUAGCCUGUCUGCAGAGGGAAUGGUGCUGUCACCGCACCAGCUCCGAACUGUCCGUAAAUCAUGCUUUUAUUUACGGCGGACCUCGUAGGAACUGGAAGAUGGAAAAAGAGAACACCUACUGGCAUACGAGGUCAACAAGCGCUAUGCAGCUGCCGGGGAUUUGGUGCUAACACCCAAACCGGCUCCCCUGGUCUGUUCAGGUCAGCAAAAGUCACGAUAUGAAUAUCACCGCCUUGCCACUUCAUCGGGGGAAGGUUGUUUCUGGAUGAUGUUCUCAAGCCAUUCACCUUCUGCACAGCUAGCAGAGCACUCGUGGGGUGGAAACCAAAAAUCUCGGUUGGCUUCCCAAGGAGAAGGAGUCACGUCCAAAACCCAGGGACGGUUUAUGCAUCCAUAUGAUUGACUUUGGAAAGUAGGGCCAAAUGGCAUGCCACUGAUGUGGGAAAAAUAUCCCAAGUCGGCUCGCUUUCCUUUUGUAAUGCCUUUUGGGAAAGGGUCUUGUAUGUGUGCCAUGUUGCUGCUUAACAGGGAACCAUGUCUUGGGGAGAGAGGGAAGGGCUUUGAGCAAGAGAGGGGGUUUGGGACUAACGGUGGGUGCCAAGAAUCCGGGAGGGUCCCAAGAAGGCUGGCGGUUUGAUUUAAAUCGAUGCAAUGUCAGGAGGGGCUGUGUCCCAGUGUUGCUGGCAUAUACCCGCUUUAGCAAAAGGUCCCUUGUUCUGUUGCAUUCCUUUGAGAAAACAAAAUAAGAGUUCCAAGCUUCUCUAGCUUUUGUGUCUUCUAUCCGAGGGCUACUUUUGUCAAGAACUGUUUUGUUGUUCAUGCUAGUUUGUGCAUAAAAGUCUGCUGCGGGCAGUCUACACAGUGGGCAAAGCACCUGGUUCGGAAGGAAUUAGGUGACAGCUAUAUACCAAAGUGUCGCACAGCUCCGUGUGCUGAGAUUAGAUGCUGUGCCAUUGUGUUUUUGGAUACAUUCCUAUUGAAUAUCCAUGUUUUGACCAGAUG